AUGUCUGCACACGAGAGAAGCAAGACUGUCAUAAAGAGCCUCUACGACAGCUUGCAAAGUUCUAAAGCCCAACGCAAGACAAGACCUCAGAGCGCGCCAUCACAGCGAGCAAGGCUGGUGCAAAGUCGUGGCGUAGCUUUGUUUCGAGAGUUCGACCGAAGACUUCCAUCACAAGCGAAUCUACAGACACUCUACUUCGACACAUUUGACAGUGAAAGCCGGCCAAGGAGCCGGCCAAGCAGCGCGACCUUUCAGCGAUAUGCAACCGUGGCAAUUGUUGACUCUCAAUUCGACAAAGCAUUGGCCUCCCGGCGGCCAACCAGUGCUGGAGCCAUCAUGCGGAGAUCGCAGACAGAACCAGCAGAUUCCUGGGAAAUGGAAAGAGAGCACGCGCAACUCAGAGAGCAUGCCGAGCAUGAGCCGUCUCUGAGACCUUCUCUGAACAUUCUGAACGCCGCUCAAGAGGACGAUGUGCAAGAGGUGGACCUCACACACCACACCCAUGGUAAGCACGUCCUCGAGAAGCAGAAGAGUGGAAACAAAGCAUCGGGACUCAACCUGGAGGAGUUGUGCCUUAGCUGA